GCUGAAGUCUGAACUCCACCUUGAGGCAGAAUGAUGUUCACCCUGGGAUCUCUGCUGUUCAUGCUACUGGUCUGCAGCCUCCCUCCUGUCCAUGGUGUUCUGGAGGCCUACAAUACAAACUUAAAGUGUAAAUGCAUCCAAGAGACUUCGGCCUUUGUCCCGGUCAACCACAUUGACAAGCUUCAGGUCUUCCCUCCUGGGAAUGGGUGCCCAAACAAAGAAGUCAUAGUUUGGAAGAAGAAUAAGUCGGUCGUAUGCUUGAACCCUCAUUCCAAAUGGACACAAAAAUUAAUAAAAAUAUUACAAAGAAAUGCUGCUUCAACUCGACCAGCUCCAGUGCUUAGAAGAAGGAUGAAGUGAUAUCAAUAUCUGUACUAAGGACACCUGUAUUCCUCCCUGAACCUGUUCUGGGUUUUAGUCUUGUAUUUGGAUGAAUCUUUCCAAGAAAAGGAACAUCCCCACAUAAGCAAGCAUGAGAGUAUAUGUAAAAAUAACCCUAGAGCAGCUUAUGGGGCCAAGUUGGGCUUUUUGAAAAAUAAGGUACCCUGUAUACUUGGGCUUUGCAUUCUCAUUCAUCACAAAGGAAAUUUCUUCGAGGAUAGUUACUUAGUAAUAAAUCACAUAGGUUUCUUUUAAUAGUGUUAUUAAAAUAAUAGCAAUAGCAAUAGUACUAUUGCUUAGUGCUAAAUUUUCCUAGAAAAUAAGGUAAUAUGAGUUUAAAUCUCAAGUCUAAACAUGUGGCUUGAGUUAGGAAGGAAAUGAUGGAAUUCAUUUCAAUCAUUUUAUACCGUAAGAAAAGCAGACUUCCAUAAAAGACUUGAAACCUGCCUGAGAAACCCACGGAACUUUAUGCGACAGAGGGCUCUCAUAGUUGAUAUCUUCCAUGUAAAAGCUCUGUAUUGACAGAAAUGGGUUCCUACUUUUAAUAGUUCUUUUAUAAGAUUUACUGUCAUAUGCAAAAACUAAUAACAUUCAAUGAUCCCCAGACUUAAAUUCAUAGAAUACUCAGGAAAAGCAUUUAAAAGCUGGUGUUCAGAUGUUCUCUCUUUUAUACAUUUGCUUUGACAAAUACUUUUUACUCACAUCUUUUGCAUACUUUUAUUUUCUUGCUCUCUGGUACCUGAUUCUAUAAUGUUUCUUAUUAAUCUAAUGCUUUUCAAUAAACCUAAGUCAACAUUUUACUUAAUUAUGAGCAACUCAUUCUUAACAGAGCAUUUGCUCAAAUUUAGACAUUCUCUGACUCAUCACAAUGAAAAGUAGGAUUUCAUCAUACUGAUUUUUAUUUGUAUGCUUGCCUUUUACAGAUCUAAAUUAUGUGGCAGUGGGUGAGUGAAGCUGUUCCUAACAUUAACACAGUGAGAAAAUGCUUGACUAUGAGAGUCUCUUUUCCUUGGUGUACUCAUCAUUAUUUCUUCCAGAAAUCUUCAAACUCAACAAAACCUAUUUUCAUAGUCCCAUUAUAUUGAUUCUUAAAAUCUCCAAUGUUUCCUUUGACAAAAUUUUGCAUGGGUUUGACAAACAGAAGAAGAAGGUCCUUAAAUCUCCAUCCUUCCCUUCCCUGGAUGCAGCCUGACCCUCCUUGCAGGCUAAGCUCCACUCUCCUACUGUCCCUCAGUCCCCUUGACACAUGAGGGGCCCCGUUCCAACACACCCAGGUUUGAAGCUGUAUCUGGCUCCUGAUUUCAUUUUCUCUUUUUAUUUUUUAUUUAUUUUUAUUAAAAAGAUUUCUUGGAUGGAAGUAAAGAGAACCUAUUCAUCCUAUAUUUUCUGUUGUCUACAAUUCAGUGUUUAUUUCUUUAUCGCACACACAAGGGAUUAUAAAAUGCCAUCAAAAUCCUGGAUUCCGGGGCGCCUGGGUGGCUCAGUGGGUUAAGCCGCUGCCUUCGGCUCAGGUCAUGAUCUCAGGGUCCUGGG